AUAACAGCGCUGUCUCCUGCCUGGCCGCAGAUGGCUGGAUGUCAUCAGACAUGCCCGUUCACAUCAGCAGAGUUGGGCGAUGGCCAGACGGCUGUACGGAUGGGACGGGGGGCAGAUUCCACACGAGGCCUGUUAAAGCGCUGGGACACCUGUGAUGGAGUACAUCUGGAGAGAAGUCCAGUGGCGGAGCGUGGAAUCUCCUCCUGCCAGAGCAGUCUCCUCCAGGUGCUGAGCCAACGCAGAACCAUCAUGAACACAGAGAAGGACCCUGAGUUUACAGAGGGCAGCGGGAUGGAGGUUUGCAGUGAUGUUGCAGAUGUGAAGCCACAGGAGGAAGAAGAGAGGGAAGAUCAGUCAUUCAGUGAGAAUGGAAUGCAGGGUGCUGAAGGUGUGAUGGAUCCACAUGUGAUUAAGACAGAGGCAGAGGAGAUGGAAGAUGAGGAGCAGUACCCCAACGAUGAAAAGGAAAGACAGUUUGCGCUGAAAGAGGAAGCAGAGGGGGGCAGUGAUGAUGGGACGGAGGAAGGAUUUGACGAGGAGAGGACUGAGGAGGACGAGGAGGACGAGGAGGAUGAAGGGGAUGCCCCUAACGAGCCCCAGGACCUGUCUCUGGUGGACUACUCGCGGUAUGACGCCCACGCAGCAGAAGGGACCUACGUGCCUGGAGCUGUGGCCCCCCGCAUCCCUGCAGCCGGCAAGCUCAACUGUGACAUCUGUGGCCUGUCCUGCGUCAGCAUCAACGUUCUGCUGGUGCACAAGCGCAGCCACACGGGUGAGAGGCCGUUCCACUGCAGUCAGUGCGGCGCCUCCUUCACGCAGAAGGGAAACCUGCUGCGCCACAUCAAACUGCACUCCGGGGAGAAGCCUUUCAAAUGCCCCAUGUGCAGCUACGCCUGCCGCAGACGGGAUGCUCUGAGCGGGCACCUGCGCACACAUUCUGUAGAGAAACCCUUCAAGUGCAACCACUGCAGUCGCAGCUACAAGCAGCGCAGCAGCCUCGAAGAACACCGGGAGAGAUGCCAUGUGUACAUCCAGAGCAAAGGCCCCGCAGAGAGAGAGGACGGCCACACAUCCAGGACUCAGAUGGGCAGCGAGCGGGCUUUGCUGCUCGACAGGCUGGCCAGCAACGUAGCCAAACGGAAGAGCUCCAUGCCACAGAAGUUCACCGGUAAGAGCAGCUGGAAAGCUUUGGAACAUGAAAACGAUACCGGUGUGUGUCUGGACCUGAGCUUUAACAGGGAGCUGGUCUACAGGACUGAGGCCAAGGAGCCCCCCCCAGGCUCCCCGGGGCCCGACCCCCACCAUCAGCAACAAGCCGUCCUCACAGGGCCAGAGAACAACCUGGCUCCCUCCCGCAGACCUUACCCCAUCCAGCUGAGCCCCAUGGGCCUCACUAACGGCCACAAGAUGGGCAUGCCUCUGAUGGCCCCCCCCCCCACCUCCCAGCACCAGGUGGGCAUGGACUCGUUCCAAAGCGACGGCUCCCAGAUGCACCAGCCUGUCAUGUACAACCUGGGUCACCUGCUGGGGGGGCUGAGCCAUCAGAACGGCCUCCCACACGCACAACCCCUCCCCCUGUCGCCGCUGGAGGCCUUACGGGUGGUGCGAGGGGACGGGGAGGGGGGUGCGUUGCCCGGGGCGGUGUACCCCUGCGGCCACUGCAGGGUGAUCUUCCUGGACUACGUCAUGUUCACCAUCCACAUGGGCUGCCACGGCUUCAGGGACCCGCUGGAGUGCAACGUGUGUGGCCACCGCAGCCGGGACCGUUACGAGUUCUCCUCCCACAUAGCCCGCGGGGAGCACCGCCUCGAACUCAAGUAG